GCUGAGGGCUCCCGCGCGGCAUGCCCGGCCCGGCCCGCCGUCCGCCGCCGCCCAGGGCCCCAGCCCGCGCGGCCCUCACCGAGCCCGGCGGCCACGCGUAGCGCAGCGGCAGCGGGAGCCCGACGGCGCGGCCGCAAGGUCACCGCGCGCCAUGGAGGCCAAGGUCCGCCCGAGCCGGCGCUCGCGUGCGCAGCGGGACCGUGGCCGGCGCCGGGAGGCGGCCCGCGACGCCCGCGACCAGAGCGCCUCGUCGGGCGAGGAGCCCGAGCCCGGGCCCGGCAAGGAGAACGCGGGCCUGCCCCGCGCGCCCCCGCCCCGCGCCGCCGCCGCACGUCCCCCGCGCCGCCGCCGCCGCGAGUCCAGCUCGCAGGAGGAGGAAGUCAUCGACGGCUUCGCCAUCGCCAGCUUCAGCUCGCUCGAGGCCCUGGAGAAGGACAUGGCCCUGAAGCCACAGGAGCGGAAGGAGAAAUGGGAGCGUCGCCUUGUCAAAAAGCCCCGGGAGUCAGAAAACGGCCCGCCGGCAGAGCCCAGUGAGAACGGCCGGCCCCUGGAGGUGGGCAGCCCCGAGCAGGACCUGGAGCCCACCUGCGACCGGGGGAAGAAAGUCCCACUGCAGCCCGCCAAACAGGUGAAGGCUGUCCUGUCCAGAGGGGGCGACCGCCACAGCGAGGACGAGGGCUUCCGUGAAGCCACCAGCUCCCGGCUCAGCGCCUCCCGGGACCAGCUCAGUGACAGCUCAGCGCAGGCCUUCUCGGGCAGAGGCUAUUCUUGUGACAGCGAGAGUGACGGAGACGACAAGGCAUCUGUGGGCUCCGAGAAGCUCUUUGCCCCGGCAGCCGAGAAAGGCCCCACGCUAGGCGAGAAGUCAGAGACCAAGGCCGGGCUGGCACCCAAGAUCUCGGGCCUGGAGCGCAGCCGCGAGCUGAGCACCGAGCCGCCCUUCCUGCCCUCUGUGCGCAGCCCUGUGCCCUCCAGUGGCCCAGUGCCCGGCGCCCCUGCCAGCCCUCUGAUCAAGAAGGAAACACUCGCCCUGCCCCGCCUCACCCCGCAGCCGCCACCUGUGCCCCUGCAGCCCCGGGCUCCGCUCCCGACACACGUGCCUCUCCCCCUGGGCGCUUUCCACGGCCACUGCCACGGUCACGGCCACGGCCACGGCCAGGCUGUGCACAACAGCCUGCUGGGCCUCAGCAGGAGCAGCAGCUCCAGCAGCAGUGCCAGCCUCGGGCUCACGAAGCACGCAUCUCUGUCGCCGCUCGGGCCGGGCCCGCACCUGUCUACCUCACACCUGGCGCUCCGCUCCCAGGCCCAGCACCAGCACCACGCGGCCAUGUUCGCUGCCCCUGCGACACUGCCCCCGCCCCCGGCGCUGCCGGCCAACAGCCUGGUCCUCCCGGGACACCCCGCCGAUGCCAGCCUGUUGAUCUCAUUCAGCCCGCCAAUCAUGUAUUGCCAGCCUCAUGCGGGGAUUCUGAUUGAUCGCGAGCUGCUCAGGCAAGAGCUGAACGCGCGUUUUCUGGUCCAGAGCGCUGAGCGGCCCGGCGCCCCCCUGGGCCCGGCGGCUCUGCUGCGGGCGGAAUUCCACCAGCACCAACACACACACCAGCACACACACCAGCACCAACACACAUUCGCCCCCUUCCCCGCGGGGCUGCCCCCGACGCCGGCCCUGCUGCCCGCCGCACCCCUGCCGUUGGACAAGUACACGCCCACGCUGGACAGCCCCUACCUGCGACAUUCCAACUUUUUCCCGUCCUUCCCGCCCGCCAUCCCGGGACUGCCCUCCCUGCUCCCACACCCAGGCCCCUUCGGGUCCCUGCAGGGCGCUUUUCAGCCCAAGACUUCAAACCCAAUCGAGGUAACGGGCCGGACCAGCGCUGUCCACACCCUGCUGCCGAAGGGCCCCGGGGUGUCCGAGCCGUACCGGACAGCAGUCAGGAAGCCGGGGAAAUGGUGCGCGGUGCACGUGCAGAUCGCGUGGCAGACCUACCGCCACCAGCAGAGGCUGAAGAUGCAGCUGGACCCCCACAAGCUGGAGGUGGGCACCAAGCUGGAUGUGCUCAGCAGGCCCCCCGCCCCGGGCCUGCUCCCCGGAGUCCACUACCCACAUGACCGGGCCCAGCCCCUCUUCUCCAGCUCAGGUGCUGCCCAUCCCGCCACCAGCCAUUUCGGCCCCUCAGCCCAUCCCGGCAGCUUCCUGCCCACAGGUCACCUGGCAGACCCUUUCAGCAGACCAAGCACUUUUGGGGGCCUGGGGAGCCUGGGCAGCGCCGCCUUCGGAGGCCUGGGCAGCCACGCACUGACUGCAGGCAGCAGCCUCUUUGCCCCCAAGGAGGGCUCCGCACUGCACGGCCUGCCCAGCCCCCAGGAGGCCUGGAGCCGGCUGCACCGGGCACCCCCGUCCUUCCCCACGCCGCCCCCCUGGCCCAAGCCUGUGGACACAGAGCGGGUCUCAGCCCUGACCAACCACGACCGAGAGUCGGACAAGGGCCGGGAGGCUCGGGAGCGGGACCUCCUGCUUCGGGGUCCGGCCGAUCCUCGGGUAAAGGAGAGCCGCUCCCCGGCCAGGGAGCUCCCCGCGGCCGCGCGCCCGCAGUCCCCCUGCGGCAAGGUGGCCCCCAGCGACCGCCUGCGCCCGGCCGGCCUCCUGUGCCCCGGGAAGCCGCCCGAGGGCGACGUGAAGGUCAAGGAGGAGCGCGGGGAGGACGGCGUGACCCCCGAGCCCCCGGGCCUGCACCGCGUGCGCCUGGGCUUCGCGUGGGAGCCGCCGCGCGACACCUACCGCGGCCUGGAGCUGCCCCGCCGCGCCCCGCCCGCUGGCCCCGCCCCGGGCCCCGCCGCCCUCGAGCCCCCCGAGCGCCUCUACCGCGACCGCGAGCCCCACGACUACAGCCCCGAGCGCCUGCGGGCCGCGCACCUGGGUGCCUCCCCGCACCUGCCCGCCCCCGCGCACCUGGGCGCCUCCCCGCACCUGGGCACCCUGCACUACCCGCGCCUCGGGCCCGCGCUGCACAACGGACUCCUGGCGCGGACCCCGCCGGCCACCGCUGCCCUCGGCGCGCCGCCCCCGCUAGUGGCCGCGGGCGGGGCCCCCACAUCCCCUGGGCCCCCCAGGAGCAGGACUACGCCUCUCGGGGCUCCCAGCGAGGCGCCCGACUUCUCUCCGUCGAGAAACCCGCCGGAGGUGGAGGCGCGGUAGCUGCGGGUGCCGCCUGGAGCGGACCCCGCCCGCCCACCGCCCCUCCACCUGCAGGUCCGGGAACUAAGCACAGGCCCUCCGCCCGGCGGUGCCCUUGCCCCCGCCGCCUGGGGUUCGGGGUUCCCACUGCGCCUUCCGGGGCGAUCUCCUGUUUUCUGAGCCCAGAUCAGGCUCUUGGAAGAAAAUUCAAGUUUGUACAUUUUUUUCCCCACAGGUGAGAAGCGUUUAUAAUAGAUUUGUAUUUUUUUCAAUUUUGUGCUCUUUAGACAUUUAAAAAGAAAAAAAGUUUUGCUUUUUAACUUUUAGUUCCGAUUUGCGGUUUAACAGCCUCAGAUCCUCUUCCAGAGCCCCAGCGUUCGUGGGUUUUGGUGUUUUUUGUUUUUUUCGUCUUAUUUAUGGAGAAAAACACGGUCAUUUUGUCCAACACACUGUGAGGCCCCCUCUCAGGCUCUGCCCUGGCCCUCCCUUGGUACUUGGAACCGAAGUUACAGAUGUUAUAUUAAAACAAUAAUUAAUGUA